AGAAAGCUGGAAAGUGCUUUCCAGCUAAUUAUCCCUUUGUGAGCAGUCCAAAAAAUGAGUGAGUCAGUUGGGGCAGAAAAUUCACUUGGUACAUCAUUAAGCCUGUGUUUCUGCAUCUUUGCAGCAUUACUCCCUAAAGAGGGAUGAGGGUCACCUCAUUAUCCUGGCAGUAAAAAGAACUUGUGAUAAGAAGCAUGGGAAGGGAUUAAUACAGAUAAAUUAAGAAAACAUCAGCACCCUUUCUAAGAGCUGCUGAGAAAAAAACCUGCUACUCAGCCCUCAGCUGCAGCAGUUACAGGAAUGACUGAUGCUCAAAGUGAAAAUCAGGUUAGUAAGAAACCCAGGAGAGUAAUGAAGACCUGAGCUUCACCCUCACAGCUGCUGCUGCUGCUGCUGCUGUUGCUGGAAGUGAACACUGAAGACCAACCUUCUUCACUGUGUGAGGAGAGGGGAGGAGAUUAUUUCUGGUGGUUUGGAAGCUUUUGAAAUAUACAUAUUUUAAUUGUCAUCUUGGGAGGGCUUUUUUGGCAAACUACUGACAGCGAUGCUUUUAAAAGGGGUUCAGUCUUUCCUGAGCCACCUUGGAGGGUCUAAAGUUUUGAGCUGAUAAACAUCUUCCCUUUAUGUGAACUAAAGCUUGGAACGUUCAUUCAUAAUAUGAAGAUGCUGCUGACUUUGUUCCUCUUCCUUAUUGGGAGUCAAACUUCAGUAACUCAGACGCCUGCCCCUACAUCUGCAGAUAUUGUCCUUUUGGUUGACAGCUCUAAUAGCCUGGGAAACAAGGCAUUCCCCUCUAUGAAGUCUUUUAUUAGCAAACUGAUCAGUCAUCUAACAGCAACUCCUAACCAAUAUCGUAUCGCGCUUGCCCAGUACAGUGAUGAUUUGCAUGUUGAAUUUCUGCUAGACGCCUAUACAGCAAAGAACCCAAUGCUGAAUUAUGUCAGAAAGAAAUUUGUAUUCAAGGGUGGUUCAGUAAAAACUGGCAAUGCCCUUCGAAAAGUUCAUGGGACCUAUUUCAAAGGACCAACUAGUGGAAGAGACAAAGAACGAAUUCUGGUAGUCUUGACUUCAGGGGCAUCAGAGGAUGCUGUAGUAGAACCUGCCAAGACCUUGAAAAGUGACGGGGUAAAAAUCAUAGCCGUGGGGAUUCAGGAUGUUUCUCCUCAAGAACUGCAGUCAAUGGCUACACCUCAAUUUUCUUAUAAGUUUCGCACAGUGAGGGAUCUCAGUAUGUCUUCUCAAAUGACCAAGAUCAUCGAGGAUGUUAUUCAAACAGAUAUUAAUGGUAUAAUACCAACAGAUAUAAUUGCAAGUGCUCCUGAGAGAGAAGUUUGUAAGAAUGAUUCCGUUGCUGAUGUUGUGUUCAUAGUAGAUGAGGGUGUUUCAAAACCAAAAUCUGAACAUAUUAAAAAGUUCCUGCAAGAUACAGUCUCCUUUCUUGAUGUGAGGAAGAAUUGUAUAAAGAUUGGCCUAGUGACAUAUAGCAGUGAGCCACAUGUGUUAUCUUUAUUGAGCGAAGAAACAAACAAAACUGCUAUUCUGCAGAAAAUACAGGGCUUUUCUCCAAGGGAAGGGAAGGCCAACACCGGUGCUGCCAUUAAUGCUACAAGGAAAAACAUCUUCCGUGUAAAAUUUGGAAGCAGAAAGGCCCAAGGGAUAGAGCAAAUAGCCAUUCUGAUCACCCACAGACCCUCUGAAGAUAACGUAAGAAAGGCAGCUCGUGGUCUUCGGAGAGCUGGUGUGACUGUAUUCACCAUAGGCAUUGAAAAUGCUGAUUACACCCAGUUAACCCAGAUAGCAUCAUAUCCUCCACAGCAAUAUGUUACUAAGCUGACCGCAUUUUCUGACCUGCCAGAACAAGCUGGAACUUUACAAAAGAAACUCUUGAAUCAAAUUCAGGACAAGCUGUAUGUCCAGUCUAAAAGAAGAGAACUACUUAAAGCAGGAUGUGUGGACACAGAGGAAGCUGAUAUUUAUGUGCUCAUUGAUGGUUCAACAAGCAUUCUUCAUGAUGAUUUCGGAGACAUCAAAACAUUUUUGAAGGAAGUGAUUAAGAUGUUUAACAUAGGGCCGAAUAAAGUUCGCUUUGGAGCUGUGCAGUUCUCACAUUUCAACAAAACGGAGUUUGAACUUAAUGAAUACAACAACACAAAUGAUUUAGAAAGGGCUAUCGACAACAUUAGGCAAAUAUGCGGGGAUACCCGUAUUGGAGAAGCUUUGACUUUCAUGCAGCCACUGUUUAAAAAUGCAACGCAGCAGAGAGCUGGCAGGGUGCCUUGUUACCUCAUUGUCCUAACAGAUGGGGAGUCACAGGACAGUGUGAAGGAGCCUGCUGAGAGACUGAGGAAUGAGAAGGUUAAUAUUUAUGCCAUUGGUGUAAAAGAUGCAAAUGAAGCACAGCUCCAUGAAAUUGCAGGAUCAAAGAGCAGGUCUUUCUUUGUGCAAGAGUUUGACUCUUUGAAAAAGAUAAAAAAUGAAAUUGUUCAAAAGAUCUGUUCUAAAGAAGCCUGCAAAGAAAUGACAGCUGACAUCAUGUUUCUAGUGGACAGUUCUGGAAGCAUAGGACCAGAAAACUUUUUGAAAAUGAAAAACUUUAUGAGAGAACUGGUGAACAAAUCUGACAUCAGUGCAAACCGAGUGCAAGUUGGAGUCAUCCAGUUCAGUGGCACACAACACGAAGAGUUCCAGCUUGACCGAUACUCUUCAAAAAGUGACAUUUUCAGUGCUAUUGAUAAUAUGUCUCUUAUAGGGGAAAAUACACUAACAGGAAGCGCAUUGACAUUUGUGUCUGAUUAUUUCAAGCCUCCCAAAGGUGCACGUCCGGCUGUCAAAAAGUUUCUUAUCCUGAUUACAGAUGGGGAAGCACAGGAUGAAGUAAAAAGUCCAGCAACAGCCUUACGUGAUCAAGGUGUUAUUAUCUACUCUGUUGGGGUGUUUAAUGCAAAUAAACCUCAGCUGGAAGAGAUUAGUGGGAAGCCUGAGCUGGUUUUUUACAUCGAGGAGUUUGAUAUUCUGAAGCACAUAGAAGAUGAGAUCAUCUUUGGAAUAUGCAGGCCUCAUGAUGAAUGCAAGAGGAUAGAAAGAUUAGAUGUUGUGUUUGUGAUAGAUGGAUCUGGGAGCAUAAGUUCCGAACAAUACCAGACCAUGAAAGACUUCAUGAUUGAUUUGGUGAAAAAAUCUGAUGUCGCUCCAGAUAGAGUUCAGUUUGGAGCUGUAAAAUAUUCUGAUGAACCGGAAAUGUUUUUCUACCUUAAUAUGUACAGAACAAAAUCCGAGAUUGUUGAGGCUAUCCAGAAUGACGUAUCUAAAGGAGGUUCAACGUAUACAGCCAAGGCAGUUGGCUAUUCGGAAGCUCUGUUUGCUAAGGAGCAUGGUGGCCGCAAAAGUAAGGGAGUUCCACAGAUUCUUAUAGUGAUAACAGACGGUGAGUCCCAUGAUGCAGCACAGCUCGGUGACACAGCCAAGAGAUUAAGAGACAAUGGAAUUAUUAUCUAUGCUGUUGGGAUAGAAGGAGCAAAACCUGAUGAGCUUUUGGCCAUGGCUGGAUCAAAAGACAAAUAUUACUAUGUGGAUACAUUUGAAGGACUCAAAAACACAUCUGUAGCAAUAUCAGAAAAAAUAUGUGGUGAUUCAAAACCAGAGUGUGAAAUUCAAGCAGACCUUGUUUUCUUGAUUGACGGUUCCAAUAGUAUAAAGCCAGCUAACUUCACCAGGAUGAAGGAUUUCUUGAAAGUUAUACUAGAUCAGAUUGAUUAUGAUCAGAAUGUUCAAAUUGGCAUUGCCCAGUACAGUGACAGGUAUAAAAAAGAAUUCAGCCUGGGUGCUUUUCAGAACAAAUCAGAACUGAACAUUCAAAUUCAGAACAUUAAGCAGAUGACAGGAACUAGAACUUUAAUUGGAGCUGCACUUAGGAAGGUGAGGGAAUUCUUUGCACCAGUACGCAGCAGAAGAGUAACAAGAAACGUUCAACCAGUUUUGCUGGUAGUCACUGACGGGAAGUCACAUGAUGAUGUUGCUGAACCAGCAGAAGAUCUGAGAAGGGAAGGUGUUCAUAUAUAUGCUAUAGGAGUUGGGAAAAUUGAUCACUCGCAGCUCAUGCAAAUAGCUGGCGUCCCGGAAAGGAAGUACACUGUUAAUGAUUUCAAUGAGCUGAAGAUUAUUAAAAAAAGACUCGUUGAUGAUCUAUGCAAACCUGAUGUUCCUACAACUUGUUUUGUGGAUAUUGUUAUGGGAUUUGACAUCUCUUCACAAAAGAGAGGUGACCGUUUAUUCCAUGGACAGUACCAGCUGAAAGCAUAUCUUCCUGACAUUCUAAAAGCCCUCACAUCCCUAAGCAGUCUGAGUUGCAAUGUGGGGACAAAGACACAGAGCAGCGUGGCAGUUUACUUGAACAACACAGUUACACCCGUGUCUUCAAAGUUCCAGUUUGACAGUGAGAAAAUAUGGAACAGCCUGAGAGAGAUCCUGAUCGACAAACCAUCUAGUCUCAAUGGCAACCUCCUGGAGUCACUCUGGAAAACGUUUCCAAGCAAAGCUGAUGAUCAAAAUCGAAGGAAGGUUUUACUUGUAUUUUCAGAUGGUUUGGAUGAAGAUGUAGAAGAACUUGAACAAAAGUCAGAAGACCUCAGGAAAAAAGGAUUGGAUGCACUGAUGACCGUUGUUCUGGAAGGAGCCUCCAAAUUUAACGAGCUUCAGUACAUUGAGUUUGGAAAAGGAUUUGAAUACAUGACUCAAUUAACUAUUGGCAUGAGCAAUAUCGCCAAAGCACUGUCCAAGUAUGUGACUAACGUUGCUGAAAGGACGUGCUGUGCUGUUUUUUGCAAGUGCAUUGGGGAGGAAGGUGGAAUUGGACGCCAAGGGAAAGGAGGAGAUAAAGGACCUAAAGGUAUAAAAGGCAGUCGAGGACACUUAGGAGAAGAGGGAGAGCCGGGUUCAAGAGGACUGCCUGGACCAAGGGGAGAGCAAGGGAAUAAGGGAUGUGAUGGUAGUACAGGUCCUAAAGGAUUCCAAGGAAUAUCUGGUGAAAAGGGAGACGACGGGGACAACGGGAUUGAUGGACUUAAUGGAGAGCAGGGAUCACUUGGGUAUCCAGGAAAGAUGGGAGAAAAGGGUGACCCAGGCUACAUGGGCAGGCCAGGGCCAAGAGGACUCCCUGGUGAGCGUGGUGAGAGGGGCUUACGAGGAGAUCGUGGUAAUCCUGGAUUGGACAAUGACAUAAAAGGGUCCAUAGGUUCAAAAGGAGAACAGGGAAGACAGGGUGAAAGAGGACCAAUGGGCCUACCAGGGUCACCAGGCUCUCGGAGAACCACAGGAGCAAAAGGUCGACAAGGAACACCAGGUCCACAGGGGGAGAAAGGAGCUCCUGGUUUGACGGGCUUUCCAGGAGAACCAGGAUUUCCAGGAUCCCAGGGACAAAAAGGGAUUAAAGGUGUGAAAGGAGAGAAAGGAAGUGAAGGAAAUAAAGGGCUUCAGUGUGAACUGGGAACUGUGGGUCCAAAAGGGAGUCCUGGCAGUCCUGGAAUGAGAGGAAAUAAAGGAGAAUAUGGUGAUCCUGGAGAGACAGGACCGAGAGGGCCACCAGGUCAACGGGGAAUUCAGGGAGACAAUGGUGCUGAUAGAUAUGGUGAAUCAGGAAACAAAGGAGCAAAGGGACAAAAAGGAUUCACUGGAGAUAUUGGACAGAAGGGUGAAAUUGGAGAAACAGGAGUUCCAGGAGAACCUGGACCAAAAGGAAUCAGAGGACAAAUGUCUUGUUGGCAGGAAAAACCGGAAUGCCCAGUAUAUCCAACGGAACUAGUGUUUGCUUUGGACAUAUCCCAGGAUGUCACAUCCCAGUUAUUUGAAAGAAUGAGAGAGAUUGUAAUAUCAGUAGUGAAUGCCACCAAAAUUAGAGACAGCAACUGCCCAGUGGGAGCUAGAGUCGCUGUUGUGUCCUACAAUUCCAACACUCAUUAUCUGAUCCGCUUCUCCGAGUUCUACAACAAGAAUCAGCUCCUCAACAAACUUAAUAAUCUGGCUUAUGAGAGAUCCUCAAGCGAACGGGAUAUUGCGAGAGCGAUGGGAUUCGUUGCCAGGAAUGUUUUCAAGCGAACUCGCCAAGGUCCUAAUGUGAGAAAAGUAGCAGUGUUUUUCAGCAAUGGGCCGUCUGCAGAUGAGUUUUCUAUUAACACAGCAGUUCUGGAGUACACUGCAUUUGAUAUUGUUCCAGUAGUUAUCGCUUUUAAUGACGUUCCCCGCCUCAGUCGUGCUUUUGCGAUGGACGAUACUGGAUUCUUCCAGAUAUUAAAUAUUAAUCAAGAGGAUGACUAUGAGCCAUUCUUAGAAACAUUUCGGCGCUGCACUCUUUGUUAUGACAAAUGUAUACCAGAUGAGUUUUGUGAACGCCGCAGAUUCAGAUCACCACCGGUAUACGUGGAUGCUGCUUUCAUUUUGGAUAGCUCACAGAAAAUGAGUGGUACCGAAUUUGAGAACGUGAAAAACUUCUUGAGCAGAGUACUUGAUAACUUUGACAUUUCCUCUGAGCCAGAGACUUCUUCCACAGGUGAUAGGGUGGCUGUGGUGAGCCAUGCUCCACCAGGUUUCAAACCCCGAUUGGGGCAGAACCCUGUAAAGAAAGAAUUUGACUUUGUCACCUACAAGAAGAGACAGUUAAUGAAAAGACAUAUCCAAGAAUCUGUUCGACAGCUGAAUGGAGCAGCUGCUCUUGGCCAUGCCAUACAGUGGACAAUUGAUAAUGUUUUCUUAACUGCACCCCACUCCAGACAACACAAGGCUAUUAUUGUUAUAUCUGCUGGAGAAACAAGUCAGUGGGACAAAGACACAUUAAAGGAGGCAUCUCUGAGAGCCAAGUGCCAAGGAUAUGCUCUGUUUGUAAUUUCAUUAGGACAUGUAUAUAACGACAUGGAAUUGGAAGAGCUGGCUAGUAUUCCCCUGGAACAUCAUUUGAUUCAGCUGGGCAGAGUUCAUAAGCCUGAACUUGAAUACGUAGUGAGGUUUAUGAAACCAUUUGUGCAUCUCCUCAGGCGUGCAAGCAACAAAUAUCCACCAGUAGAGCUCAAGAGAAUUUGUACUGGAGCUCGCUCUCAGAAACCAGAAUCUGCACUAAGGGGCCAACAUGUUGCUAUCCUAGAUGAGGAUUGGUCAGGAGGUGAUGCCAGAGCUGAAGCUGAAUACGCUGUUUCUGGGCAUGCAACACUAAUGUUCCAGGAUGACAUAAGCAAUGGUCCUCUAAACACCAAUGGUUUUGCCAGCAGUACACAUCAAUCCUUGGUAACUACCGACAUAAUGGAGAAUGCUACCAAAACACACGGAAGGAAAGAUAACAUGGCUGGAACCAAAGUGUUUUAAACAAUGACAUGGUUAAAUAUGGCACUGGGCUGAAGAAACUAACUAUGCUGCAUGGUUCUGACCUAUAAAAAUUCCCAUCUCUGCAAUGGUUUAUUGGUGGAAAUCAUGGAAGAAAUGUGGACAUGAUCUGUCAGAUACAGAAUCAUUUUAUUCCUUUAAGAAAUGGACAAGACUGUAUUUUAAAAAACUUGAAUAUCUCUAUCCCUAUGCACGUAGGGUCUGCUCCUGUAUAGUACUGAACAUGCUCAACUCCCAUUCACUUCAAUGGAAGGUGAGGACACUUGGAAAUUAACAGGGUCAGGCCCUUAAGGAACUGUCUAGGCUCCAGGUCAGUUGUGCUUUGUUGGAGUUGGCCGGCAAGAACUGAGGCAUUAAUGUGUGUGUAACACUCUCCUCUUUCAAUGAGUAAACUGCAGUGCAAAUUCUUUUCAGUGAAACUUUACUUUCCAUAGUCCUUCUACAGGUGUACGUUGUAUUGUGUAAAGAUAGAAGGCUUUUUAGUCACUGCUGUGCUUUUCCAGAUAGAGUAACUAUGCAAUUGGUGACUGAAUUACUUCUUUUAGACCAAGGAGAACUCUAAAAGAACAUUGUGUCUUUAACAUGGAACAUCUUGUCUACCUUAAAACAAAACAAAAAAAGUCAUAAGCAUAGGGCUUGUAAAAAAUACUUUCCAAUGUUUUUUUUUCCCCCCCAUCAAAAAAUGUUGAGGCCAUGGAAUUGAAGCAUUCUACAGGAAUAUCUCUAUUCCAUAAUAAGUUUUAAUGGAAACCAAGCAGACUGGCUCCUGAUGGUCUGGCCAGUGUGUUUCAAAAAGUCUAUUCCACAGAAAACUUUGUAUUUCCAACUGCUUGUUCUGAUUUGGAACAACAAAAAAAUUCAGAAUUGCAGGUUUCGUGGGACAGAACUUGUACAACUCUACUUGUCUUCAUAGCUACAUGGACCCUAUUCAAUUUUACAGUCUCAAUAUUAAAAAGUGGCUAAAUGAAAUUGUUUUAUGCCAAAAUAUACCAAGUUUCAGACUGAUGAUGUCAAAUAGUCACCAAAAAUAUUGCAACAUCCAGGUUUGUUGUACAUUUACAAAGCUUCAUUUCAGUGUUAGUACACAGAUGUGUAAAAAUGAACAGCAUAUGUAUACAGUGGCUCAUUGCAUUUUAACUGGUAUGUUAAGUACUUUGAGCAGGUAGUGAGCCUAUCAAACUAUCCUUCCCAUACUAUAGCAUUGUUAGUUACGCAUGGAGUAAACUCUUGAACCUAGAAUUAUGAUGUGUCAAUUGUGGAAAAGAAGAGAUAUUGGUUAAAUGUAUCUUUUUAUUCCAAAAAGGAAAAUUUAAACCAAAUUACUACUGAAGUCUCUAGGGAUAUAAACCACUGGCUUUAGUGGGAUCAGGCUUUGAAUAUCAGUGCACUCCAAGGAACAAAAGUCCCAUUUCUCAAACUCUUAUGACCCGGCCUAAGUGACUCUUCACAGUAGUAAGCAUGCCUGAUUAUCAUUGUUCAAAGCUUCAGACCUCAAAUUCUUUCAAAUAAAAAUGUUCACAAUUUAGACCAGUUUUUUGGUUCACAGAGUAGUAUAAAAAAUUUAUUUUUCUGACUUAAGACGACACCUGAGAAUUACAUUUUUGUAGGAAAAAGGUACUGCUGCGUGAGUGAGUUGAGUGCACAAACAACUGUACCUUGAGAUUAGGAAUUGAAAUGAGAUUUGCUGAAAUUGUCAGUGUUGUCUGGCAACACAAAUCUGUUAGAUGAGCCAAGAUUCAGAUCCUCAUGUCCCACCGACUAGCACUGUUGAAGUCAACAAAACUUCUCAUAAAAGUAUGAAACGCAUAAUUUGGGGCUACAGUACAAAAUACCAUACAUUAUUUCUGAGAGCAACAUGCACAUAUUGUAUAUAGGGUUCAGAUCUGCUUAGUGGUUUCACCCUUCUAGUUUUGAAGUUGCCAUGCUUGCCUCACAUUUUGUUUUGUUUUUAAAUGUCUUUCACCAAUUAGAGGUUACAGCUAGUUUUUAAAAGUAUGGGGACAGUUGUAAAAUGUACCUUCUAUCACUAUGCUGGCAUCAUACUGAGCUUUUUAAUGCAGAUUAUGCAACAUGUCAUGGUACCAAUUAAACUA